AUGACGAAGACUGCUCACUAUAAUCCAGAAGCCUCCUCAUCGGCACCCCGCGCGGGCCACAACGAGACAUCAAGCCGAUAUUUCGAGCACUCAUCCGCACAGCGAAUCAGCACCGACACCGUUGUCGUCGAGAGCAUUCGAAAGGAGUACCCCGAACUUCACCUCACCGUCUCACCCUCACGUACCUGUAACAUCCUCGCCUAUGCCGCCGCCGGUCAUGCGGGAAUAGCACCUAUAGACAAGGCCAAUGAACGGCUUUCCUGGCGCAGUUACUACUCGCCCGCCAAUCGUCUCAAUGGAAACGGGACGCUCGCCGACAGUGUCAAGCUCGGCAAGUAUCUGCUUGACUGGAAGAACAAGGAGUUUGUGGUAUACAUUAUUGAGGGACGCGAUGGAAGCAUGCCCUACGGCGUCACUUCCAACCAGUACAUUCUCUCAAGUGCCAUAGAGGCUACCAAUACGCUGCUUCUCGAAGUUGGCCAGUGGUCAAACUCUUUGCACGGCGAAGUCUGGGUUUUUGAUGGAGGGUACUGGCAGAAGAGCAAGGAGCUGUACGACUCCGCCAUCAAGAGCAGCUGGGAAGAUGUGAUCCUUGCACCUGACAUGAAAAAGGCCAUUAGAGAUGAUGUCGAGAACUUCUUCGACAGUCGUGCAACAUAUGAAAAGCUCAAGGUUCCUUGGAAGAGAGGCGAGAUCUUCUGGGGUCCUCCAGGCAACGGGAAGACCAUCAGCGUCAAGGCAAUCAUGCAUACUCUGUACAGCCGCAAAGACCCGAUCCCCACCCUCUACGUACGCAGUUUGUCCAGUUUCGGCGGACCAGAGUACAGCGUGAGCGAGAUCUUUGCUCAGGCACGACAGGAAGCGCCUUGUCUUCUCGUCUUUGAGGACCUCGAUUCCAUGAUAACUGAUAACGUCCGCAGUUACUUCUUGAAUGAAGUUGAUGGUAUUCGGAAGAACGAUGGAAUCCUCAUCAUCGGCUCUACUAACCAUCUCGAUCGCCUGGAUCCGGGCAUAGCAAAGAGACCUUCUCGGUUUGAUCGCAAAUUCCUCUUUCCCAACCCGAAUGAGAAAGAGAGAGAAGCCUACAUCAAGUAUUGGCAAGGCAAGCUGAAAGAUAACAAAGACCUGGAGUUUCCAAACAAGAUCUGCCCAGCAGUCGCAAAAAUUACAGAAGACUUCAGUUUUGCAUUUCUCCAGGAAGCCAUGAUUGCAAGCCUGCUCGCAAUUGCGAGAGAAGACAAUGAGCUCGUGUGCGUAGAGUGCCUCGAACAGCAUGGCAAGAGCAUUGAGAAUGCAUCAUGUGAUCGCAAGAUUGCACGACCCUUCAAGGGGUUGUUUGAAUACGUCUGGUCCGUCAAACUUAUGGACGAUGAAGAUCCCAGUCUGAACGACUUUCCUCUCUGGCGGCAAUUGAAGAAGCAGAUCAGGAUCUUGCGGGAGGAGAUGAGCGAUGAGAAGGGCACAACGAAGUGA